AUGACCCGCUACCGUCCACCAGGCCGAUCCCAGAGUCACGAUCGUGGCGCUGGUGUCAUCCGUAACACGCUGAGCGCGAUACGUCGGACUGCAUCGCUGGAUGGCAAUUGUACCACAGCGGGAGCUGAGCGCCGGUGGAAUCGAUAUCCAUCUGUAGGCGUCGAUCUCCACAACGCGCUGACGGAACUCGGACAACUCGGACGCAAGCACUGCGACAGUGACAAAGACAUCGAAGACUUCUUUCUCGGCAUCAUCUCCACUCGUGAUGCUGCCUCGCUCGCAAUUGCCCUCGAAAAGGAGUACGAACGUUCGAUGGCGUUAAUGACCACGGCCUGCUGUGAUGAAUUUGAAAAUAUAUAUCCAAAUUUGUCGGAGGUCAAGGGACAGAGACCCGACAUUCCGCUUCGUCUAAUCAAGGCCACGGCCAAGGCCAAAUCCGUAGAGGACGCUACGUUGCAUAGGCGCACGAGAGCGAACUACGCCGGACCGGAAGAGUCCUGGGCCCUCCGCGGAGUCGUUGCGAAGCUGCUCAAUUUAUGGAUUGGACGUUGGUGGUACCUCGAACGCGAUUGGCCACUUUGUUGGACAAAGGUGCCUAAAUGCCUCGAGUCCGCAGACCGGGCGGAAAAUAGUGCCAUGCCGCACCUCAGACAUUGGAUCACCCUCGUUCGCCAUAAAGCGCAAUGCCCGGAGGUACAUGGUCAGGAGGGGAGGCGGAUUCGUCCCCAGCAAAAGGAACUGAUCGAGAAUCUACAACGCGUAGACACAACCAUUCGCGAAGCUCUCCGAGACAGCUAUGCGCUCGAUCCGUCGCACGUCAGCAAUGCCUCCCAGGGUCAACUCGGCAUAGAUAGCGUCUCCGCUGCUUCAUCCAUGGCCCUGGAGACACCAGCUUUUAACAUCCUCCAAUUCGACGAAGACAAGAAGGGGCUUGCAUUGGCGCAUCAAAUGACUCUCAUUGCGUCCGAGUAUUGGCACUCGAUAUCGGCAACACCCUUGAUGGCGGUGUUCGGCCUUGGGACCGACGUGACCACCGAAACGUUCAAGCCUAUCUUGCCCUUAUCCUAUCGCGCUGCAUUGGAAGCAACAUGGCGUGCGCGGUCGAGCUUGGCUUUCCUUUUCAACUGCACCACAAUCCUUGUGGUCGAGUCCAUUGUUUCUCUGAGGGAUCCAGACGCAGCUUGCAAGGCAUGCACGCGAUGGUUCCAGGUGGCCAAGGCGAGUACAGUUGCUCAUAUCAAGCAUCGAAACCGGCUCAUCCAUGAACUCCAGCAAUGCUUCGAUCAUGGCGACUACUUUACCGCGGGGGCGAUCGUCAACUCUCUGAAAAUGACGCUGAUUGCUGCUUUCUACAGCAUCCCUGAAACUUACGUCACUAACUUCUAUGGAGACUACGUGUCAACUUCGAGGGAUAUCGACGCAUUGCUGACUGCGACAAAACCGACGAUACCCCAUCUUGUCCGAGUAAGCUCGUACUUGGCGGCGCACAUGGGCGUGAUAAACCAGAAGGCCGACGAGUUGCACCUUCCGCGUCUCAUGGCCGUCGGUGAAACUGCUCGAGCCCUCGAAACCUCACUGGGAAGCCGCCACAAAUUCCCCGUCAUGGACACCAUACGACAACCAAUCCAGGAGAAGCUUAAAGAAGUGAUGGAUCGACAUGUUGACACAUUGAUGAACUCGAAAUGGAUGGACUAUUAUCGCCCUUUGAGGUGA